AAGCUGGGGCGGCGCUCGGCGUCUCGGUGGCCGUGGGUCGAGCUGGGAGUCAGUAAUGCUCCUUUUUCUCCCCCCCCCCCUUCCUUCCCGGUGUUGUAGGGCAGGAUGGCUUCGGUUGAAAGGGAGGCGCUGUCCCAAGAGGAGCUCCGGAAAAGGCUGUAUCAGACUUUUAAGAGCCGAGGCGUGCUGGACACACUUAAGACACAGCUCCGAAACCAGCUAAUCCAUGAACUAAUGCACCCAAUUUUGAGCGGAGAACUUCAGCCACAGGCAGUUCCAAGCGACGACAGUUCACUUUUGAUCACAGCUUCCAACAGUCUGGUGGCAGAUCAUCUAGAGAGAUGUGGCUACGAGUAUUCACUUUCAGUUUUCUUUCCAGAAAGCGGAUUGGAGAAGAAGAAGCUGUGGACUAUGCAAGACCUUCUUCACUUAAUGAGAAUCAGCCCAAAAUCCAGUUUUUACAAAUCACUGACUUCAGGAAUCCAGAAGGAAAAUAAAGGUUUUCUUAUGCAGAUUUUAAUCGGGCUUACAGAGCAUCAUCUAAAUAAGGAAACUCAUAACACAGAAACUCAGACAACCUCAGUGCCUCCUUAUAGAGAAUCUCUUGCUGAGAAGCUUCAGCUGAUUGAUGAGCAGUUUGCGGACUCUUAUCCCCAGCAUCAGAAAUACGAAUCUUUAGAAGUAAAACUCCAUGAAUAUAGAAAAGAAAUAGAGAAGCAGCUUCAAGCAGAAAUGCAUCAAAAGCUGAAACAUUUUAAAGAAGUUGAAAUAGCAAAGAUUAAAAUGGAGGAGAAAGUGCAGACCGAGAAAGAAAUCUCUGAGCUGCGUCACGAGUUAGAGAAGACACAUCAAGCAAAGUCUGAAGCCUUGAUUUCGCGUGAAAAGAAUGCUAUUGAGAGGCUUCAAAAACAACAAGAG